CAGGGGGAAGUUUUUACCCCUUUAUAUGGAACUCCUGUCAAUAUGGCCACAUAACAUAAUAUAGCCACAUCCAUGCAACUCAUCUCGCGAUGAAAGCAUACCUGUACUGCCUGUACAGGCGGACGCGCCGACUCCGACUAGCCCUUUCAUUGGUCAUCGUUGCAUGGACCCUAGUAGAAGUGCUACACAUUAAAUACACGCUUGUGCAACAAUCACAGCCUGAGCCAGUUACAUUAGGAAAUGAAAAGAUCUACAUCACCGGCCUUCACUGGAACAGCGAGCAGAUCCUACGGGAAGCAUGGAUCGCGGCCGUGGUGGACCUGGCUAAUGCGAUCGGCCGGGACAACGUCUUUGUCAGCGUACAGGAAAGUGGGAGUUGGGACGAUACCAAAGGUGCAUUGCUUCUCUUAGAUCAGCAGCUGGCGGAACAUGGUAUUCCUAGGAGGGUACUCAUGGACUACACCACCCAUUUCGACGAGAUCAGUAAGCCUCCUACCGGCGAGGGGUGGAUUGAGACGCCAAUUGGGACAACCGAGCUACGCCGGAUACCAUAUCUAGCCAAAUUACGGAAUGUAGCAAUGGAACCGUUCUAUGAGCUGCAGAGUGAAGGAAUUAUAUAUGAUAAGAUUUUGUUUUUAAAUGACGUGGUUUUCACCACUCACGAUAUCCACAAGUUACUCUCGACAAGAGGAGGCAACUACGCAGCAACCUGCUCGCUCGACUUCUCAAAGCCCCCAAAUUUCUAUGACACUUUCGCCCUCCGCGAUGCAGAAGGCCAUGACAUGCUCAUGCAAUCAUGGCCCUACUUCCGAUCUCGAGCCUCCCGCCGGGCCAUGAAAGACAGUCAACCCGUGCCCGUCACAAGCUGCUGGAAUGGCGUAGUCGCAAUGGAUGCAGCCCCUUUCUACCAGCAUCGACCGUUAAAAUUCCGCGGUAUUCCCGACAGUCUUGCAACAUCACACUUGGAAGGCUCUGAGUGCUGCCUUAUCCAUGCGGAUAAUCCCUCAUCCAGAGAGAAAGGGGUCUGGCUCAAUCCCAACGUCCGUGUAGGGUAUAGUUCCCCUGCCUACCUGGCCGUUAAUCCGAUGGAAAAUUCAUGGUUAUCGAGUUUUAGCAUAGCUAGCGGAGUAUGGAAAAACCGGGUCCUACGGUGGAUUACCACGCCAUGGUUCAAGGAAAAUAUAGUCUGGAUGCGGUUGUGGAAGUGGGAAAAACUUUCGGACGAAAAUAUAGAGCCUGGGACGUUUUGCCUGGUUAAUGAAAUGCAGGUCCUUACGGAGAACGGAUGGGCGCAUCGGUAGU